AUGGGGAUAUCAAAAGCAAAAACAGGUGCGCCGGCUCAACAACAGCCAUGUCAGCCAAGCGAGGGAAAAGGGUCUGGUCAGGCAGACGGUCUGAGAAGAGAUAUUCGAAAGGAUAUGCGAAUGAACUUGGUGAUGAGGGGUAGCAUCGACAAGGAGGAGAUUAUUCUGAGAUAUACCGAAGAUUAUCCUGAGAAGGCGGAUAAGAUUCGAGAUAUUGUACAUGGAUACGCAACUGUCCUCGAAGACAAAGCAGCCAGCAAAGUUGAUAAGUCGUCAGAGCCUGCAAACAUGCAGAUAGAAUCACCUAAGACAGAGGCUACAUCUGGCAGCUCUGCUACCCCAAGUGACUCUGCCCCACAGGCCACUGAAAAGAAAAAGGAAAAGAAAAAGGACAAACAAAAAGAGAAGAAGAAAGAGAAGCAGCCUUUCGAAAGGGCAAAAGAGCCAGUUCAGAGCUUGAAUAAUGCUGAAAACAAAAAACGCCAGCCGAAACAGAUCUUAGAGCCAAAGAAACCAAAAUUCGAACAUCAACCGCCCCACAUUUCGCAACAUGAAGAACCACUAUCCAAGCGACAGAAGGCAAAGAGAGCAAAGAAGUCAAAAGAGAACAAAAAUAUAGUAUCAGAGCCCAGCGUAGAAAUGAAAGCCAGAGUGGAAGAAGCUGAGGAACACGCAGAUCUCGUGCAAUCCACUAAUGCAAUUCUCAAUGAAUUCAAAGAACAUUUGGCUACCCAACGCCUGGGCUCCGAGGAAAACAAUCUCCACUGUUUGUCGAAGACACCGGACCUGGAGCGUCAACUUCAAUUCUUGAGUAUUGUCGAUGAGAGCUCAAGUUCCUCGGACGAAAGCCCUCGUAGUAUCGAGCAUUCAGUAUUAGUUUCUCCAACUCUCGAGGACAUGGGAAACAAAAUGCCGUCCCAAUUUGGCCUUCUAGGCCACUUGGCUUCACAACAAUCUGAAGACCUUGUUGACCCAAGGGUGAUGCUCAAUACAAACACACCGUUCUCUGCUUUCAUCUGUGGUCUGCAGGGCAGUGGGAAGUCACACACCACUUCUUGCAUAAUAGAGAACUGCUCGCUUCCUUUCCCUGCUCUCGGGGUACUAAAAAAGCCACUUUCAACCCUUGUUCUUCACUACAACGAGUACAGCUCCAAUGUGAGCAAUCAACCAAGCGAGGCAGCGUUUCUUGCUUCUACAAUGCCAGAAUACAGCAAUAAAUUCCACAAGACUAUUCCAGUGAGGGUCCUCACAUCACCUUCCAAUUUUCACAAUCUCGAAAAGAUGUACUCGCAAAUCCCCAGCAUCAGCGUCCACCCGUUUCGCCUUCAGCCUCGUCACUUAAAUAUUGCAACGAUGCUGUCGCUUAUGUCGAUGGGCAAGAAGGAUUCCAAGCCUUUGUACAUGGCUCAAUUAACCAGGAUUCUACGUGAGAUGGCGCUCACCAACAAAGGACAGUUCAAAUACUUCGAGUUCCGUCAACGAUUGAAGGAUCUACGAUUGGACAGAAGCCAGACACCAUUCUUGGAGCAACGCCUAGACCUGCUAGAUUCCUUCCUAGACCUCAAAGGAGCAGACAAGACCAACGGGGACUAUUUCGUCGAUGGCGGAGUCACGAUUCUGGAUCUUUCCUGUCCAUUCAUGGACCAAGAUACUGCCUGUAUUCUCUUUAGAAUUGCCAUUGAUCUGUUCUUGCAUGCCCAUCCGUCUCGUGGAAAAAUGAUUGUAGCUGAUGAGGCACACAAGUACAUGACCAACACUGAAGCUGCAAGCGCACUAACAGAGACCUUUCUGAACAUCAUCCGUCAACAGCGACACCUGGGGACUCGAAUCAUCAUUUCAACACAAGAGCCAACCAUAUCACCCCGUCUUAUUGAUUUGUGCUCCAUCACUAUUGUCCACCGCUUCUCUAGUCCGGAGUGGUACCAAACCAUAAGGAAGCAUCUUCCUAUUGAGUAUAAGAAGGACAACUCAAACCAGGAUGGUAAUGGGGAUAGUACUACCUUGGAUGGGAUGUAUGAGAUUUCAAGUCUCCGUACUGGUGAAGCACUGGUGUUUGCGCCGUCCGCACAUCUUCUGGAUGGCCAUCAGGAAUUAAUGGAUGUUAAACACAAGGUAUUCAAGAUGGUGAUUCGGAAGCGUGUUACUUGGGAUGGUGGUCAGACUAUCAAGGCUGUUCGAUAA